AUGCAGCAGCUCUUCUCUGAAGAAAAUUACGACAAAAAUAAUCUUCCUUCCACAAAUCAUACUAACGUUGUCGUCGAAUUGACAGUCCAAUCCAUUACCGAAAUUAGUGAAUUCUCUAGUAGCUUCAAAGCUGAUAAUUCAAUAUGGACACCAAAUGUUUGCUUUGUGAAUAGUAAAAAUGUGCGGAUACAUGCAUCACCUUCUGAGAAUAUAUUACUUUUAGUUUUUCCAAAUGGCACCGUCUGGCUUAACUAUAGAGUUUCUCUAAUGGGUCCAUGUUUUUUGGAUUUGUCACUUUUCCCUAUGGAUGUGCAACAAUGCAAUUUGGUCUUCGAGAGUUAUUCUUACAAUAGUGCUGAGGUAUCAUCGCUGAUGGCUCUUACUUUUCAAUUCGGAAACGUUGUAAAGAAUUUGCCUAGAGUAUCUUAUGUCAAAGCUUUGGACAUUUGGAUGUUUGGCUGUAUGGGCUUCAUUUUCCUCUCACUAGUUGAGGUUCUUCGUAAUAGCAUUUUUUCAUUAACUUUCCUUAAGUUGGCCGUGGUCGGCUUUUUUGAUAAACUGGAAUCGAGAAGGAGAAGAACCCGUCGAACAAAAGAUUAUAUGUUAGUACAUUCGGAUAGUGAGCAGCAAUGGCUAUCUCGCAUACCAGGUCGUACAAUGCCGCAAGAAAUGUUUGGCGGUGAUUGCAGAAUAACCUCGUCAAUUGGAACGCGAUUAUCUAACGGCACCACAACAAGUCCAAGAAUGCAAUGUUCCAAACCAAAAAAAGUCACCACAAUAGAAGAUGAGGGCAGAAUAAUCAGUGGGGAAUUCAUUGACGAUGUCUCGGCGAAACUGUUCCCAGCCAUGUUCCUCGCUUUCAACCUUUUCUAUUGGUUCUACUACAUAGGUCUCUCAGUAUCAAGGCCAUGA